UUCAGCAGCCAUCACUUUUUCUUCGAAAGUGCCACUUAUUGCUUUCUCUGGCAUUACUCUCAUUUGUCAUCUGCAAUUUGUUCAACUCCAGGGAUCGGGCAACAGAGGGCAAGCCCUUGCAUCAGAGCUUCCCAGAUUCUUUCUCACUCUAUUCUUAGAGUCAGGGACACAUGAUGGCACUUAUUUCCCAGACAAAUCCAUCAAGCUACAUUCGUUCUGAUCAGAAUGUGGCUUUGAAUGCGGCAAGUAAUGUGGGGGAUAUGAUUGUAUCGAGGAAUAAAGCAUUCAAAAUCAAGGAAGGCAUGACUAGCUCGUCCUCCUUGUCAUGGGGUGCUAAGAAAAUGCCAAGAAUUUCUAAUUUCGAUGGGUUGAGGUGCAAACGUGACCAUCGGAUGAUCGUUGCUGCAAGUCCUCCUACAGAAGAUGCUGUAAUUGCCGCAGAACCAUUGACUAAAGAAGAUCUUGUAGGAUACCUUGCCUCUGGAUGUAAGCCAAAGGAUAAAUGGAGGAUAGGUACUGAACACGAAAAGUUUGGUUUUGAGAUUGGAACUUUACGUCCUAUAAAAUAUGAACAAAUAAAGCACUUGCUCAAUGGUCUUGCUGAGAGAUUUGAUUGGGAAAAAAUAAUGGAAGGAGACAAAAUCAUUGGACUUAAGCAGGGGAAGCAAAGCAUAUCACUGGAGCCUGGUGGUCAAUUUGAGCUUAGUGGUGCRCCCCUUGAAACAUUACAUCAAACUUGUGCAGAGGUCAAUUCACAUCUCUAUCAGGUCAAAGCUGUUGCAGAGGAAAUGGGAAUUGGGUUUUUAGGGAUUGGUUUCCAGCCUAAAUGGGAGCUCAAGGACAUACCUAUAAUGCCCAAGGGAAGGUAUGAAAUUAUGAGGAAAUACAUGCCCAAAGUUGGUUCCCUAGGACUUGAUAUGAUGUUUAGGACAUGUACUGUUCAGGUUAAUCUGGACUUCAGUUCUGAGUCAGACAUGAUCAGGAAAUUUCGUGCUGGUCUUGCUCUGCAACCUAUUGCUACAGCAAUUUUUGCAAAUUCACCUUUCACUGAAGGAAAGCCAAAUGGCUAUCUUAGCAUGAGAAGUCACAUUUGGACUGACACAGAUAUGAAUCGUACUGGCAUGCUUCCUUUUGUUUUUGAUGACUCAUUUGGGUUUGAGCAGUAUGUGGAAUAUGCUCUUGAUGUUCCUAUGUAUUUUGUGUAUCGAAAUAAGAGAUAUAUUGACUGUACUGGAAUGUCUUUCCGGGACUUCAUGGCUGGAAAACUUCCCCUUUUGCUGGGUGAAUUGCCAACUCUAAAUGAUUGGGAGAAUCACUUGACUACAAUUUUUCCAGAGGUCAGGCUGAAGAGAUAUUUGGAAAUGAGGGGCGCUGAUGGAGGACCUUGGAGGAGAUUAUGUGCUUUGCCAGCAUUUUGGGUGGGCUUAUUAUAUGAUGAAGUAUCUUUACAACAUAUUCUUGAUAUGACUGCAGAUUGGACUUUGGAAGAACGACAGAUGUUGAGAAAUAAGGUACCAAAGACUGGUCUGAAGACUCCAUUUCGAGAUGGGUUGUUGAGGCAUGUUGCAGAAGAUGUCUUAGAGUUGGCAAAGGAUGGCCUGGAAAGAAGAGGAUAUAAAGAAACAGGAUUCUUGAAGGAAGUGACUGAGGUAGUUAGGACAGGUGUAACGCCAGCUGAAAAGCUUUUGGAAUUAUACCAUGGGAGCUGGAGUCAAUGCGUGGAUCCCAUUUUUGAGGAGCUGUUAUAUUGAGGUGAAUUGAUAUUCCUUAGUGCUCUUCAGUUGUAACCUCCCUUUGAUUUCAUAGAUUUUUUUUUUCUUUUGUCCUGAACCAGAGACAGUUUCUGGUUGCUAUUACAAUGUAAUUCUGUAGGAAUGAUUUGUAUAUCAUUGGCACUCAGUCCUGAACUAUGACCUAGUUUUUCAACUUCUAUUUGUUACUCGAGUGAAGAAGUAGGGUGUCAAUGGACCCGAUUAUGGGUUGGACCCUGUCCAAAUCAAAAUCAAUUUGAAUGGGUUGGACGGACCAAUGAGAGACAUUGAAUUGGACCAGUCCAGACUUAAUGGUCCAAAGUAUUUAUUGGAUUGGAUUGGUCUUGGUCUAUUUGUAAUGGAAUUAUAUUGGAUGGGAUUGGAUCUA